AUGAAAGGCUGUUUGAUGAGACAAAUCAACUAUGGUUUUCGAACGAAAUGUCUGAGUUAUUUCCGGUGAAUUGACAGUCUUUCUUUCCGUUUGAUAAAAGGUAGUGUUCGGACUUCGGAUUACUGCCGCUUGGCUUUGAAUUUAACAAAAUGACCAAGGGUACUUCCAGUUUUGGAAAACGUCGUAAUAAGACUCACACAUUAUGCCGCAGAUGUGGACGCUCUUCAUACCAUAUUCAGAAGCAUACCUGCUCGCAGUGUGGUUAUCCAUCGGCUAAGAUUCGAUCAUAUAACUGGUCGAUCAAGGCCAAGAGGAGGAAGACUACCGGAACUGGUCGUAUGCGUUACCUUAAGAUUGUUCGUCGUAAGUUCCGCAAUGGAUUCCGCGAAGGUCAAGUUGCCAAACCACGCAAGGCGUAAAAUGCAUUGAUAAAUAUUCAGUAAGCACUGAUGCUUGUGCAAAUGAAUAUGCCCAUGUAUGUAAAAAUGGUUGAAGAAUAAAAGGCAUAGAGGAUGUAAUAUCCUUAUGAAAGA